AUGUCCCGCCAGCCAACGCCUACAGACCUCAGACACCACCUCUCAAAGCUAGUCACUUUGAAAAACGCCCAAGCCGCUAUGCCCGCCGCAAUGCGGAACCUGCCUGUGAUGGCCAUAGUAGCAGGUGGGAUUAUCGCGAAAGUGACGAAUGGCGACAAUGUCAUUGAACGCCAUUUGCUAGGCAAGCCAUCUGUCGAAAAGGAGUUUAUCGCCUUGCCCGAACCUACUACAAAAGAUUCAUGGGGCCAGCCGGCUACUGGGCUAGGGGGAGAACACGGCCAGGUGGCAAGCAACUCCUCUCAUAAAAAGUAA